AUGGCUGUUGUACAAGCAAAAGAUCUUGCUAAAAGCGCUGAUCAAGAUUUUACAAAAAAUUCUGAAUGUCAUGACAGUCCAUAUUCUGGUAACUGCUUGGCAUGUAAUGUACGCACAACAAAUCGGAGGUAUAAAGAGUUGGAAGCGCAGAAAAGUGUUGUUCUCUGUGGACCUUCCCUGACUAGUGAACAUGUUAGUCAUUCACCGGAGGUUCUGACAAAAGAAAUUCAUAAAACUAAAUUGCGUGUAGUUACUACAAAUCGACGUGUCAAGGUCUUUGGAAAUUGGACAGAAGAGAAAUUAUUUGCGGUAUUAACAGACCGAUUAUUACAAAGAUCUGUGAGCGCACCACCAAGGUCCUAUGAGAAAAUUCCGCCUCAGGCUAUUAAACAAAUUACUGCAGGCCUUAGUUAUAAUCCAAUUGUCCAUAGAGGAAUAUAUAGUGAAAAGAUUUUAGAGCAAUUACGUUUCAGUGGUGAGCCUAAAAUAUCGAUCUGAUCACCA